UGCGACUCUUCUACUAACUCACCGCAGCGUCACUCAAACCUCCGCGCCAGCACCUCUUUGCAAAGCAGUAUAUAGAGAAAAGAUUAGAGUAACACGCAAGGACCCCUAGUUUCCGGUUAUAUUUGGGAUCUUCUUCGCUCUCUCGGAGUGGCAGUAUCUCAUACCCUGUUUGCACUCAAGUGAGCCUAAACUCUGGAAUGAAGGACGUUUGAAUGGGCGAUAGAAAAUGGAAAACACAUUCAUCAGUUGAUGUAGCGGCCAGCACACAAUAUGGGCCUUAAAUCCAUUUGGAAGAACUACAGAGUUUUGAUUGUUAUGGGAACUGGCCUUGUGCUGGUACAUUGGGGCUGGUAUAACAUCCAGUCCAAUCCUGUUUUCCAACCAAAGAGAGAGGACAUUGCCUCCGAGCCUGGCAUUGUGGCAUACGUACUGCAACAGGAGAACAAAAAUAAUGGAAAAUAGCCACACAGUGCUGCAGAAUAAUUGAAAGGGACACUUCAUUUGAUUGAUUUAAAUCUUGCAUCACAAACAAAAGGGAUGAAGAAGAUCAGAUGGAUUAGGAAGAACUGGCUGCUCGUGG